CUUGAUAGCUCCAAACAAGGGAGGGGGUGGACUUUUCCUUUCCUUUUUUUUUUUGUAUCAUAAAUAUGUUAUCACGCAGUAUUCGAGCUCUAUCUAAAAGCUCAAAAAUCAACGCUGUAAAAUCAAUAGCAUCAUAUCAUCAAUCUACCCCUCGCUUCAAAAAGACUGCCGAGUUGGAAGUUAGCAACACACCUUUUGAUAAGUUUGCUCAAGGUGUCCAUGUCAUCAAAUCUACUUUAUUAAAUGCACCACCAUUACGCGGUAUGACCCGACCCAAUAUUGAAUUGCUUCCAUUUACGGGCAAAGCUACCAACUGGGAGCAAUCUGUCAAAGAAGCACAGAGUCUUGUCAAUUCAGCAGACCAAGAACGUAUCUUUGAUCCUGUCAAAUUGAUAGGCAAAGACUUAUGGGAGCUAAAGGGCAAUAUCACACAACUUUUAGGUUCGGGUCAUCCUUUUAUUCAGACAAUUGGUAAGCAUUAUCUUGAGGGUGAUACCAAUCGUAUUCGGCCCUUGCUCGUCUUAUUGAUGGCCAAAGCAACUUGUACAGCACCUAAAAAAUCACAAAACCAACAUGAUUUCGACAUAUUACCUACCCAAAGACGACUAGCAGAAAUCUCUGAAAUGAUCUAUACCUCUUCAUUGCUUCAUUACGAUGUGAUUGAUAGUGCAGAACAGAUAACACGACCAGGAUUUGGUAAUAAAUUGGCAGUGCUUGGUGGUGAUUUCUUACUUGCUCGUGCUUCACUUGCACUAUCUCAACUAAAGAAUCCAGAGUGUAUUGAAUUAAUGGCCACAUGUAUUGCUAAUUUGGUUGAAGCUGAAUUUAUGCAACUCCAAGACCCUCAAGAAAAGAGCCCAGAUCAAAAGAAGGCAUUUGAAUAUUAUCUUAACAAAAUAUAUAUGCAGACUGGGAGUUUGAUUGCUCAGAGUUGUAAGGCUGCUUCAGUAUUAGGCGAAUGUUCAAAUGAGACUGCGUUGAUUGCCUAUGAUUAUGGCAAGCAUUUAGGCAUUGCUAUGCAGUUGAUUGACGAUCUUCGUGAAUUUUCACAAAUGGCUGCCAAAAUAGGUAAACUAAAAAUAACAACGCCCGUUUUGCUUGCUUGGGAAGAAUUUCCCGAACUGGGACCAUUUAUUGAGCGAGGAUUUAAGCAGGAAGGCGAUGCAGAGCAGGCUCGCGUCUUGAUCUAUAAGAGUAGUGCAUUAAAACAAACACUUGCCUUAGCCAAUCAACAUAUAGAAUCAGCCAUUUCGACAAUAGAAAAACUACCACCUUCAGACUCACAAUCAGCACUCAUUCAACUUGCUAGAAAUUUGCCUACUAGAAAAGAAUAAUAUAGACUCUUUUUUCUUUUUGCAUCAAUAAACCUGCAUGUUCUUAUAUGGCCAAUAAGAAUCUUUUUCUCCAUAAAUAGAAGUCUUAUAAGGCUGGUUUUUUUUUCUUGUUUCUGACAAGA